AUGAGUGCCCCAGCUGCGCCAUCAACAUCGCAAGCAUCCAGCAGGCCCCCGGUAACGCUAGGACAGAAUACACAUCUCGAUCCUGGGGCCUAUGUCCGUGGCACACACGCAAUCACUCUAGGCGAACACAUUUUAGUACAUCCACGAGCCCAGCUCAUUGCGAUCCAUGGUCCGCUUUCAAUUAGUGACAAGUGUAUCAUUUCCGAGAAGUGCGUAAUUGGCGGGCCUGUCCCGGGCGCAUCGACUACAGAUCCAAGUUCAAAGGCCGCUGCGGGUGGGAGCAAUCCACCAACUCCAUUACUCGGUCAGCCGGGCGAAGGAGAUGAUGACGAGCAGGAUCCUGUCAAGACCACAAUUGGCUCAAAUGUCUACAUGCAUCCCAGUUCCCAGGUGCAUGCCGGAGCCACGAUCAAGGACAGUGUGCUGAUUGAGCCUCAUGUAACUAUCCUCGCAAACGUUACGGUCGGAGCGCAUGCCAAGAUUUGUGCCGGUGUGACCGUGGAUCGAGACGUGGAAGAAUGGACUGUGGUGUAUGGACGUGGCGACGUCAAGCGGCGCCGAAAGACAGCGCCUCUGAGCGGUAAUACUCAGGACGAUGCCCCAGAUGUCGUCGAGAUGUUGAGGCUCAAAGCCAUGGACAAGGAGCGAGAAGGAACUGUUAGCAUCUUCAGAACAGCAGCACGAGCGAAUCUGACGAAGAAGAAAUGA